AUGAAAUAAAAUGGCAGCUGGGAGGUUUGGCUUCUGACACAGUGGAUUCCGUAUGAAAAUCUACCAUGUGCUCUACUGUGAUGCUUUAAUAUGAAUCUGAAACUGUCCAAUAGCCAUUGUUUUUAUCAGAUUUGACAGAAAUUUGACGGAUGUCUGUGAUUAUCAGCAACCAUUUGUCGGACAGCAUGGCACAGGGCCGGCCUAUCAAAUGUGUGGUCGUGGGCGAUGGUACCGUUGGCAAAACCUGCAUGCUCAUCUCCUAUACGACAGACAGUUUUCCCGGGGAAUACGUCCCCACUGUGUUUGAUAACUACACAGCCAAUAUGAUGGUAGAUGGUGUCCCAGUCAGUCUGGGGCUGUGGGAUACGGCUGGUCAAGAAGAUUAUGAUAGACUUCGACCACUUUCAUAUCCACAGACGGAUGUAUUCCUGAUAUGCUUCAGCGUUGUGAGUCCCUCGUCCUACGAAAAUGUGACGACGAAAUGGAACCCGGAGGUCAAGCAUCAUUGUCCUGAUGCUCCUGUACUUUUAGUCGGUACAAAAAUAGAUCUUCGAGAAAACAAGGACGCCAUUGGACAGCUGGCAUCUCAGGGUUUACAGCCUGUGAAACGGGAACAUGGCAUCAAACUCGCCAACAAAAUCCACGCUGUCAAGUACAUGGAAUGCUCAGCUCUUACACAACGUGGAUUAAAACAGGUAUUUGAUGAAGCGUGCCGAGCUGUCCUACAACCUCAACCAAUUAGAACGAAAAAUCACAAGUGUGUUCUUCUCUGAUAGGUGGACUUAUAAACUCUAGCCAUGUGACUUAUUGUGGCCAUUUUAAAACUCAUCAUUACCAGCUGGACCUUACUCUGUUUAUCAUACAUACUCUCAGUGUAACAUGGAUCUAUUCUAUUCGUGAGUGGCCAUUCAGUUUGUAUUUGUGGUGACAACAGCGUUUUCUGUGGAUCGCUUCAUGGACGGUACGGACAGGGGGGAUAAUCCUGAGACACAGUGGAUCCAAUGUUUUUUCUGAGGGUCGCUUAAUUGAACAAGUUACAAAGGCCAGAGUGCCUGGGAUGUCUUCAGAAAGAAAAUUUUUGAUUUGAAGUUUUGUGAAAAAAAGUUCCUGCCUUCCUAAUGUCUUUAAAAUAGAUAAUGUUAUCAGUUCCAUUCGGAAAUGUUUUAUACAGAAAGAAAAAAAGAUGAUUGAAAAUGAUAAUUUCAAUUUGGUUACAUGUUUUUUUCCAGCAGUUUAAAGUUCAAAGACAAAAAAUUUUAAACAAAGAAAAUGAUUUUUUUUCCACUAUGGAGCGGUAUAAUGCAGAAACAAAUUUAUUAGAAUUCUUUAUAAGCUGAUGAGGAUCGAAAGGCAGAAGCAGAUUUGUCGAUUAAGUGGAACUUUGAAACUCCCUCUGGUGAAUGAUGCUGAAACAAGAAGUGUAUUGACUGUGCAAGCAAGUGCAGAGUAUAUUGACUGGAUUGGAACGUAGUGUCUUAAAAAUGAUGAAAAGAUGUGUUCAUUAUAUGAACGAUGAAGAAGAAACCAAGUUAAUGCCAUAUAUAUCUAGAAUGAGUGGAUAUUUAUAUACAUUUCAUGUCUACAGAUCUACGGAAUCUGUUUGGUAUAAACACCUGUGUGAAUGACUAACUAUCAAAGCAAUUUUACCUGUCAACUGUGAUGUAACUUAUCAACUUUGUUUCGUGGAUUUAGUCAACAUUUAUAAUCAGAAAAAUUCUUAAUAUCAUCGUCAUGCUGUUUCUGUUGUACUAGCUAACCAACAGAUUUGAUUUCUGCAAAUUUUUGCCCAAAUGAGAAAGUUGGUAUUUGCAUUAAGAUAAAGAAAAGAUAAGGCUGGGAUGAAGGCAACCCUUGCAUCUUAGUAGCCCUAGUCAUCCAUUUGACACCUUAUCAUUUGCCCAGAAUUUUUUACAACAUAUUUCAUCGAGAUGUUUUAUGUUUUAAGCAAUCUUGUUGUAGCUGACAUGAAGAGUUGGUGUAUCAAGGACUGUGUCACAGUUUGUUAAAUACAGUGUCCAGGGAAUCGAGAUCAGGGGAUUGUAGAAUCGAGUCAAAGGGAGUAAAUAUAUAUACAUUGUAUACCUAAUCUGAAAGGUUACUCCUAAUACAAGUAGUGAAAAUCUAUUCAAAUUCAAACAUUUUAAAUUUUAUGGUCAAUAAUUUAAAGGAAACUAUGAAAAUUCUAGAAUCUACAUGGAAAUUUUAAAGGAGUUUUAUAAAAAAAAAUUCUGUUGGUAAUUAUAAGAAUAUCAAAUCUUUAUUAAUUGUCUACUGAAUUUGAUAAUGUGAAAUCUUACAGAUGUUUAAGAUGAAACAGACUUUUGCCCCAGUCAUGAUUUUGAUAACAAUGUUCCAUGCUGUGUGAUUGUAGGAUAUGCUUUCUACAGGAAAAGUUUGUAUGCACAGUAAUGUUUAGCUUGCAUAACAUUUACAAUCAAUUCAUCCUAAAUAUCUGAUUAUCAAUAUAAUUGUAUUAAACGAAUCUCAAUAAUAUAAUGUUAUACAUAUAUAUACAGUAUUUCCUGUAAAGGGGACAAUUUGCUCUGGCUAUAUUUGUGCAGUGAAAAACAGCAAGUUGGCUGUCAUACUAAAUAUCAAUGUCUGAAAAGAUGAGUCAUCAACAAUAUGUGGUUUACAUAUUAUUAGUCUUUUUUUUUAUUGGAAUUAAAACUUUUGAUAUAUUUUCCUCUUUCCUUUUGUAUAUUAACUUAUGAUAACAACAGUUGAGGAGUAUAACAGAUAUACCGACUGUAUUUUUUGUAUGUCUUUGUGAGAAUGUGAGUUCACUUAUUCAUGCUUUUCGCUUGUGAACUUUCUCGUGUGAAAGUACUUCCCUGGAGAAAUCCGGAGAAAAGAGUUCUGUGAGGAGAACAUUGUACAGCAGGGCUGGUGUUCUGAGAUUCACCAACUGUUGUUUUAGGGUCGGCGAACAAGCGUUCAUCCCGACGGGUCUAUCGCGUCCAUAAGUACAUUUUUCUUGUUGAUAGUAUUACAAAGUAAAACUUUUUUGUUUGUCCAUUUUUAACUCCAUGAUUUGAAUUUUUCUCUUCACGAUUUUUUGCGUAUUUAAGAGCUGUUCCUUACGAGAAGAUAGAACAAAGGUAUCUGUUUUUAAUAUUAUUGUUUUCUCUAUUAUUAAUAAUUUGAUUAAUGAUAAUUAAAGAUCAGUUUAGUCACUUACACGGGAUGUAUGUAUCGUCGAUAUAUUUCUGAAUUUUUUUACAACAAUUUGUUUUUUUUCUAGAAGGAGAAAUAUUAUUCCAAGACAUCAAUUCUUUGUGUAGAUAAAGUCAAUUUGAAAAUCGGAGAGAAAACAAUUUAUGUUUUAGGUGUGUAGGAAAUAACUCUUAAAUAUGAAAAUAUUAAGUUGUGAGGCUGGGGUGUGUCCAUGUCCGUGUGGCCCCGCCCUGAGGGGGUUUGUUCAUGUCUGUGUGGCCCCGCCCUGCUGAGGAUGUGUCCAUGUCUGUGUGGCCCCGCUCUGCUGAGGAUGUGUCCAUGUCUGUGUGGCCCCACCUUGCAGGGGUGUCUCCAUAUCUGUGCGGCCUAGCCCUGGGUGUUGUGUCAAUGUCUGUAUGGCCCCUCCCUAAUGGAAUAUGUCCAUGUCUGUAUGGCCCCGCCUUGCAGGGGUGUGUCCAUGUCUGUGUGGCCCCACCCUGCUGAGGAUGUGUCCAUGUCUGUGUGGCCCCACCUUGCAAGGGUGUGUCCAUAUCUGUGUGGCCCCACCUUGCAGGGGUGUGUCCAUAUCUGUGUGGGCUAGCCCUGGGUGUUGUGUCCAUGUCUGUGUGGCCCUUCCCUAAUGGGAUAUGUCCAUGUGUGUAUGGCCCCUCCCCCCUUGCAGGGGUUUAUCCAUAUCUGUGUGACCCCCACCCGGUUGUGGUGUGUCCAUGUCUGUGGCCCCACCCUAUGGUCCCGCCACAGCCCCCUGGUUGUGACCUAUAUACAUUUUUCCAGUGGAGUGUUAUGAGAUUGAAUAUCGGGUCUGACUUCUAUCAAUAGAGAAUGACAAGGUUUUGGUUGGUGUCAGACUGACUUCAGUAAUUGACUAUUUUUUGGGUGGUGUUAAUCUGACGUCGGAAGAGAAGGACUAUUUUUUGGAUGGUGUUAAUCUGACGUCAGAAGAGAAGGACUAUUUUUUGGGUGGUGUUAAUCUGACGUCAGAAGAGAACGACUAUUUUUUGGGUGGUGUUAAUCUGACGUCAGUAGAGAACGACUAUUUUUUGGGUGGUGUUAAUCUGACGUCAGUAGAGAACGACUAUUUUUUGGGUAGUGUUAAUCUGACGUCAGUAGAGAAGGACUAUUUUUUGGGUAGUGUUAAUCUGACGUCAGAAGAGAACGACUAUUUUUUGGUGGUGUUAGACUGACUUUAGUCGGGAAGGCAGUAUCAGGAUAAUGUUGGAUUGUAUGAUAUAUAUGAUUUAAUCCUUUAGUAAUACUAGUAAUCCAUGUAUAUCCUAGCCAUGCACGUAAUUCCAUAUCGCUAGAUUUAGUAGAAACAUCACAGGGUUGCUCUCAACAUUAUGUGUCCUGUUAAUAUCAUUGAUAGGGUCAUGUCAUCACAUUGUGUGUAGUGACCUUCAGUGACACUGUUUGUCAUCACUUUGUGUGUAGUGAACUUCAGUGACACUGUUUGUCAUCACAUUGUGUGUAGUGACCUUCAGUGACACUGAUUGUCAUCACAUUGUCUGUAGUGACCUUCAGUGACACUAAUUGUCAUCACAUUGUGUGUAGUGACCUUCAGUAACACUGUUUGUCAUCACAUUGUGUGUAGUGACCUUCAGUGACACUGAUUGUCAUCACAUUGUCUGUAGUGACCUUCAGUGACACUAAUUGUCAUCACAUUGUGUGUAGUGACCUUCAGUGACACUGUUUGUCAUCACAUCGUGUGUAGUGACCUUCAGUGACACUGUUUGUCAUCACAUCGUGUGUAGUGACCUUCAGUAACACUGUUUGUCAUCACAUCGUGUGUAGUGACCUUCAGUGACACUGUUUGUCAUCACAUCGUGUGUAGUGACCUUCAGUGACACUGGUUGUUGUUACAAUCACUAAUGUUCAUGAUGUCCCUAGCUUACUUAUGUACAUAGCUUUUAUUUUUCAUCAUGAUCAUCAACAACUGUUCAUAUUGAUUUCAUUUCUUGAGAAAUAUUCAGGAUUUUUUUAAUAUAUUCAAUUCAGGAAAAUAUUUAGGUAUCAAAUUGUGAAUUGAUAUAAUUUUGUCAAAGGAUUUUACUAUGCCAGCCGAACCCUCUGUUUGAUCUAGUUGAACUUUUGUUACACAAUGCAACUUGUUGAAAAUCACAAUAUUUUAUGGGAUCAUGACCAUGCUUGUGCCUUCGCCGUGUAAAUACAUGUAGAAACAUCUAGAUGUAUGCACUUCGCUCGUGAAAUGUUUGGUUACAGCAUUUUUCUGUCAGAAAAAGAAGGGAUAGCCAAAUUUUUAAACAGAAUUGUAGUCUCUGUUUUACAUUCAAAUUUCAACUUUUCUCUCAGAACUUGAUCAGUUAAAGAAGUUACGCUUGUAGUCCCAACUCAGUUCUGUAUUGUGAUAUGGUUGGUUCAGGUGUAGCCCACAUUAAUAUUAAUUUAAACCUUAAUUAUCAAGACAAGUGUAUAGAUGAACUUGCUGAAAAUGUUGACAUUUAUGAUGGCUUUAUUGACAUAGCUAAUUUUUGUAUUGAAAUUGAAAAAUGAAAUCAUUUAAAUUGAAACUGUAUUUAAGAGUACAUGUACACCUAGUGCUAUUUUGUAUACUCCAGCUUAAAAUCUGCAUCUUAUUUUCAUCAACUAUCUUAGUAUUUUUAUGAUUCAUGUAGAAUUUUUUUUUAAAGUAUAGAAAAUCGCCAAAAACAUGUCAAAGUCUAUUCAAUUUGUUUUGCUCCUUCAUAAAUCAUAGUGCUAGGUUUUGUUACAGGGUCAUAUUUAUGUUCUACCAUUUGGAGGAAAUUACCAAGAGUAAAAGUUAAUAUGAAUUUUAUUUUGUGGUAAGAAUCAUAGAAAUAUAGAUAUGGAAAGAUUGAUAAUUAUAAGGUUGUCGUAAAUGUGUUGGAUAUUACACUUCCACCAAAAAUAUGUAUUCUGCCCCCGAUCUUCAAAAAUAUGUGUUUUGCCCCUGUGAUCCAGAAUGUUCUGCCCCCGUGAUCAGAAAAUCAUAUUUUCUGCACCUGGGAUCCACGAAACCAUGAUCCUUAUGUCAACAUGGGUAUAAAACCAUUGAGUUGCCUCCCUUAUAUUGAUGUUGGUUUGAAUCAUACUGAGUUGUCUCCCUUAUAUUGAAGUUGGUUCAGAUGUCAUUGUUUUGUAUGGUAAUUGUUUAUAAAUAAAAUUUCAGGUUCACAAUUUCCCUCCCAAAUUUUACCUAAGAUAUUUAGUACAUUAUUUUAAAUACAGCAUUCAAAUAUAUUGUGUUCCAUUUUCCAUUGUCACUAGAGUUUUGUUGACUUUUUGGGGAUGUUUUCAAAAAAUAGUGUUUUUAUAUUUAAUUCAGCAUUAAGAUUGUACAUUUUUGUAUAUAUCUUUCUCUUUAAACAGAAAAAUCCUGAUAAAAAAGUAACAAAUGAUAAGCAACAACUUGGGAAGUCUUCAUAUAAGGAUUGUGUCUGAUCUAUUAUUCUGGAGAUUAUAGGGAUUACAUGUACAAAUGUUUAAUGUGGCAUGGUAUUAAUAAGUGUGAGCAUCAAGCAUGAAAUGUAGUUUUAUGAUCAAACUCUUAUCAGUGUUAUUUUUUCAAACUUUUAAUUUUUAAUUGUUUGGAAAUUCAGAGAGGCUUCAUGUCAAAUACUGAGUCAAUAAAUUUCUAUGUGACAAUGUUUGACAUGAAAUUUUAGAUUUGAGCAUAAAUUCCUCAUUGGUAUGUCUCUCUGGCUGAACUGGCUGAAAGAGUAUUUCUGGUGUAAUUUAAGGGAGGAAAAGAUCUGAUAUAUGUAUAAAAACAUAUUUUUUGUCAAAGAUAUUGUAAAAUUUUCUUAUGUAUAAUUGAAUUUUAAUCUAGAGAUUUGAUUCUUUUUCUUUUUGAAAUACGAUUCAUAAUAAAAUAACGAAAAUAGGGAAAAAAUACUUUUUUUAGAGUUACAAAAACCUAUCAUCAUUUCACACGCAGGAGUAUGUAAUUCAUGAAUUAAAGGUUUCAAAGUACCGAUGAUUAUAUAAUUUUCCAGGCCAAUUUUUAUAUUGCAACUUUCUAUGAUUGGGUACCUAAUGGCUUACUGUUUUUAGGAACGUGUGUACUUUUUUGGCUACCAAUGUUAAAAUAAACUAUCUCAAUAUUCUAUAAAUUUUGUAUAACAUAAUGACAAGGUGUUACUCAUUAUGGUAACAGUCGGAGUAUCUGGGGAGCAAAGUUUGAUGAUAAAAUGUUCUGAGAUAGUAACAUAGUGUUAAUCUCAUUAUGGUAACAAUCUGAGGAUCAGGGGGCAAAGUUUGAUGAUAAAAUGUUCCGAAGUAGUGAUAAGGUGUAACUCUCUAUUACGAUAUAAUAUUUACCUGCGUUGUGGACGUACCUGUAUCAACAAUCAUGAUGUAAUGAAGUGGUUUUGUUGUAAAUGACGUGUUGGCUUUUUGUUCCAAGUUUUAAUGAACAGCUGUAAGUGUUUACGAAGGAAGAGAUUGUACUCCUCAUUCCCUUCAGAGCUACACGGUUAGGUUGUACAAGAUAAUUUAAUUGUUCAGAUAUACAAUUUGUAGACACUUGCUAACUUCAUAUGUACCAUACCUUCAGUUUCUACUUGUUUAUUUGGAAGUCUAGUCGAAGUUUGAAUUUUGCAUUUGGUCAGCUAUAUUUUAUAUGUUACAUAUAUAUGACAUGCCAUUUAUAUCAUAUCAUUUCACACAUGUGCAAUAGAAUAAAAUCCACACUUCCAAUGGGA